GGUUGAAGUGGCCGUUUAGAGUAGCUGUGGAGGGCGGGUCGUGAAGCCUCUGAGAGUCCGCAGAUAGACCGACAUUUCUGUUUCCUCCCUGUGUCUGGUCGGACCACACCUGCACGUAUUUACAUUUAAACCCGCCUCGGUGCUUCAGGCUAAUCACAGCACUUUAUAAACUAAACCUUUCGUCGCCUGCUGGCUUUUGUGUUGCUGAAUCGGCAGACGUCCCCUGGAGUUAAGGAGGCACAGCCGCGGUGAAAAUUUCGACUAGAGUUCAUCGCUUUAUUGGUUUUAUAUUAUAUUUUUUAAAAUGGCUUAUCCAGGAUAUGGCGCUGCCCCCGGUGGAUACCCAGGAGCGCAGCAAGAUCCUCUGUACGGGUAUUUUUCAGGUGUAGCGGGACAGGAUGGACAGAUCUCAGCAGACGAGCUGCAGCGCUGCCUCACGCAGUCCGGCAUCGCUGGCUCAUACAAACCAUUCAGCAUGGAUACCUGCAGACUGAUGAUCAGCAUGCUGGACAGGGACAUGUCCGGCACCAUGGGCUUCAAUGAGUUCAAGGAACUGUGUCAGAUUCUGAACGGCUGGAAGUCCACCUUCGCAUCCUACGACCGGGACCGCAGUGGAACGGUGGAGGGCCCCGAGCUGCAGCAUGCCAUCACCUCCAUGGGUUAUAAUCUGAGCCCUCAGGCCAUGAACGUCAUCAUGAAGCGCAACAGCACAAACGGCAGAAUCGCCUUUGAUGACUUUAUGAGCGUUUGCAUUCGACUCCGCGCCCUGACUGAUCAGUUCCGAAGGAGAGACACAAGCCAGUCUGGACAGGCCAUGUUUCAGUACGAUGACUUUAUCCAGGUCACCAUGAGUCUAUGAAGAGGAACAGAGGGGACACACCAGCCUUUUAAAAUCUUCUCUCACUAACAGCAUGUACCUUCAGUUUGUAUUUUUCAUUGUAAUCGUUGUCGUAGAAACAGUUAAAAUGUCACUGCCACAUUCCAUUUAAACAGGAACUUUUUAAAACUUUUGAAUUACUUUGAAAAGUAGUGCAUAGUGUAACAAACUAUUAAGACCAUAUUAACCUCAAGCUGCACCAAUGACAAACUCCUGCGUGCCUGUGUCAGCUGGCACACGAGUGUGAACAUGUAUGUAAUUAAUAAACAUGUAA